ACCUCCAUCCUCUGCUCUACUUUCUCUGUUUCAUUAAGCGAAUAGCAUAGCGUAGUCGGGAAUCGACAAUCGAGAUGUUCGUGGGGCGUUGGCUCUACUGGCUGGUGACUGGCGAGUGAGAAUGCGUAGGAGAAGUGCUUGAUGAAUUGUCUGCCCAAGCUCGGCAUGCUGAGAUUUGGCGCAGAGCUCUUGUGGUUGUUGCGCGUAGACGGUUUGGAGCUUGCGCUCUAUUCGGUGUGACGAUAGGAAGCAGUGGCACUGCUUGAUGUGCCGUUUAAGUAAUUUUGGGCAUCGUUCACGGCCCAAUGCCGAUAUUCAUGUGGUUCUAGAUGUCCUCUUCUUCUUUUGAGCUAAUGUGUUAUGGUGUUCUAGACUUCAAUUCGAGAAGCUCAUCAAUUCAACCAGAAUAUUAGAUGUCAGCAAGUGAUUUUUUUAGUGACUUGAAGUUUUAAUUGCCUCUGGAGUGGAGUGCUGAUUUGAGUGGUUUCAUAUAUUUUCUGCUUGGUUAGAGUUCAUGCGAAGUUGAGGCUGUUGAUCUAUCUAUGUGGUAUGAUUUGUUCCACUUGUUAGGUAGUGUGCUUGUGUUUCACGAGUGGUAUCUGAUGAAGUGCCAAAAAUUUUAGUAAUUGAUCACGAUCUAUUAUGCCAUUUUGUUUGAAGCUUUGAGUUUAACAUAUCUCCUAGACAACAUUAGAAUAAGGGCCUUAGUGUAGCAAGUGCCAUUUCCUUCUGCAAGACAUUAUGGGGCAAUUGUGUUGUGGCUUCUUUUGUGCUGCAAAAUCUUCUUUUUGGAAGAAUAUGUGUUCUGGCUUCUUUUGUGAUCUGGAACUAACCCUUCAUCUGUGUUUUUCAUUGCAAUUGUUGAGUUGCUCGAGAGUCUAAUUACCAUACCUUGCAGGCAGAAGAUGGUGUUGGCAUCCCUGAGGAUGUCUUGAAUGACACAAAGUUUGAGAGGGCUAUGAGGUUCUAUUUUGUGUAUCUCCGGCUGGACUGGUUAUGGUCACUUAACCUCUUUGCUUUGAUUCUUUUGAAUUUUCUCGAGUGUUUGGUUGCAGAGUGAGGUGGAAUGGAAUGAGUGAGGUGGAAUGGAAUGGAACAGUUCUGUUCCUUUAGGAAUGGAAUGUAAUGGAACGGUUCUAGUUUUGCAUAUUUCAAGAACCAAACACUUGGAAUCAUUGCUCCACCUGGAACCAACUCAUUCCUACAUUUUUUGAGGAAUGGGAUGGUUAGGCAUAUUAGGGGAAUAUUCCCUUUCGAGGAACCAUGUGGUUCCGUUCCACUUUUCUAUAUUUCAGGAACCAAAUGCAAGAAUCACCUCCAAAAGUAGAACCAUUCCAUUAUAUUCCACUUCAUUCUCUCAACGAAACGCUUGCCACGAAGCCUCUCUGGUGCUGGAAAGAUGCUCAGGAUGCUUGUGAUCAAAGGGAUCUUUACUUUCUUGGGCAGUUGCCAUACUUCAGCAAAACUGAAUCUCUGAUAUAUGAGGGGCUUACACUUGUUAUUCUUGUACUGGAUAUCUUUUAUCCACUUUCUUAUGAAGGUCUAAAUAUUUUCUGGAAGAGCAACAUGAAUAAAUUGAAGGUUCUCCUCCUCUUCAUUUUAGCAUGUGACAUACUGGUGUUUGCCUUUAGUCCCCUGCCUUUCAGAGUAGCUCCUUACAUCCGUGUAGCAUUUUUGAUCAUGACUAUCAGGGAACUGCGAAUGUGUGCUAUUACACUCGCCGGAAUUAUUGGGACAUACCUUAAUGUUUUGGCGCUCUCUUUGUUGUUCCUCUUAUUUGCAAGCUGGUUAGCUUAUGUAACAUUUGAGGACACUCCACAAGGAAAGAUCAUUUUUAAAUCAUAUGGCGCAACACUAUAUCAGAUGUUUGUCCUCUUCACCACCUCCAAUAAUCCUGACGUAUGGGUCCCUGCUUACAAGAUAUCUCGCUGGUAUUCCCUAUUUUUUAUCGUCUAUGUGCUUUUGGGAGUUUACUUCCUUACAAAUUUGAUUCUUGCUGUCAUUUAUGAAAGCUUUAAAGAGCAGCUAGCAAAGCAACUUGGUCAGGUGGACUUUUUAAGGAAAAGUAUAUUACAGAAGGCAUUUGAUCUUAUCGACACAAAUGGUGAGGGUUAUCUCAACAAGGAACAGUGCAUAUCAUUACUUAAUGAGCUCAACAAGUACAGGUCCUUACCUAAAACCUCGAGGGAAGAUUUUGAAUUAAUUUUUACUGAGCUUGAUCGGAGUGGUGAUUUCAAGGUUACCUCUGAAGAAUUUGCUGACCUAUGCAAUACUAUUGCAAUAAAGUUCCAGAAAGAACCACCACCUUCUUAUCUGGAAAAGUUUCCAUCUUUUUACCAUGCACCACUAUGUGAAAGGUUGAAAUCUUUUGUGCGGAGCCGCCAGUUUGAGUACAUAAUUGUUUUUGUUCUUCUGAUGAACCUUGUUGCCGUCAUUAUUGAAACAACGCUGGAUAUAGAGAACAGCUCCUCACAGGAAGUGUGGCAAGAAGUUGAGUUUUUCCUGGGAUGGAUUUAUGUUGCCGAGAUGGCGCUGAAAAUAUUUUCAUUAGGAUUUGGCGCUUAUUGGAUGGAAGGCCAAAACAAGUUUGAUUUUGUGCUUACUUGGACUAUAUUUAUUGGAGAGACUCUAACAUUCGCCUUCCCAUCAAAGCUUCCAUUUCUUUCAAAUGGAGAAUGGAUUCGAUAUCUUCUCCUUGGAAGGGUGUUGCGCCUAACAAGAAUUUUGUUGCAAGUUCGCCGUUUCAGAGCAUUUGUUGCGACAUUCCUUACUCUGAUGUCUAGUUUGAUGCCAUAUCUGGGGAUCGUAUUCUGUGUUCUUUGCAUGUACUGCUCCCUAGGGUUGCAGAUUUUUGGUGGCAUUGUGUAUGCAGGCAACCCUACACUGGAAGAAACCAGUCUCUUCGAUAACGACUAUCUGCUUUUUAACUUCAAUGAUUAUCCAAGUGGUAUGGUAACUCUGUUCAAUUUGUUAGUGAUGGGCAAUUGGCACGUGUGGAUGGAGAGCUACAAACAACUGACUGGAAGUUCUUGGAGCCUGAUUUAUUUUGUCAGCUUUUACCUUAUUUCAAUAUUACUGCUGCUUAAUCUGAUUGUAGCAUUUGUGUUGGAGGCAUUUUUCGCUGAGAUGGAACUGGAGAAAGCUGGAGAAGCUGAUAUCCAUGAUCCUACAUCUGGAGGAAGAAACAAACGCCGAUCUAUGCGUGUGAGGUCAAAGGGUACCAUGGUUGAUAUUCUGCUCCACCAUAUGUUGAGCAAUGAACUUGAUGGAUCUCAGAACUCUGAUUGAUAGCCCAUCUUCAAGCUUCGGUUAUUUAUUUUGGUUCUGCAAGGAUGAAAGCAAGAAAAGAACAUAAUACACAAGAUUCCAGGUCAAAAAAUAUACAUUACAGUCAGUAAUUUUCCGAGCAUGGGUGAUCUGUUGUAUGUAACAGAUGUGAAACUUUUGAGUAGUGCUGGCAAUGAACUUGAUGUGUCAAGAAACACAUUGAAUAGGCAUAUUGUAUCGCUUCAAUACGGUUACUAUGUUGUAAAAAUUUCUGUAUACACUAUCCCAGUCGAGAUACCUGACAUUAUCUUAUUUUCUUAUGUUUAGUUAUGUUGUAUCACUCCAAAGUGUAAUUAGCAGUUUGGAUAAAACAAGAGGAACAGUACUGGAAAUUGAUAUGAUACUGCAGGUUGUGGUAGAUUUUUCUUGCUUGCUA